AUAAGAAAAAAAUAAAGAGCUGACCGUUAAUUGGCUUAACUGCUCCUAAGUUAAUCAAACAACCUAUACAUAACUUUACAUUAUAUGAAAGAAACCGUUCCAACUCCAUUUUGGACUUGUCAACUACGCUAUCUUCACGCACAUAUCUUCACGCACAUCAUUAUUUAACAUGUUUCGAAAUGUGGCUAUCGCGAUAUCUGGUGGUGUUGACAGUGCUGUAUGUGCAUAUUUGUUGAAAGAAAGAGGUUACAAAGUUAUAGGACUUUUUAUGAAAAAUUGGGACGAACUAGAUGAAGCUGGAAAAUGCUCUGGUGAACAUGAUUUGGUCGAUGCAGAAUACACUUGUAAGAAAUUAAAUAUCGAAUUGAAGCGCAUUAAUUACGUGAAAGAUUACUGGAAUUCGGUGUUUGCGAGCUUUUUAGAAGACUACCAAAAUGGACUUACACCUAAUCCAGAUAUAUUAUGCAAUAAAUAUAUCAAAUUUGAUGUUUUCUACAAAUAUGCUAUCGAAAACUUGAAAUUAGAUGCUAUAGCCACCGGUCAUUAUGCAAAAACAACGUUUGGAUCUUAUUUGGAAAAUUAUAGUUAUGAUGGCGACGUCAGGCUCUUAAUACCAACAGACGAAUUUAAGGAUCAAACAUUUUUUUUAUCUGGUAUAAAGCAAUCGUCCCUUCGGCGUACAAUGUUCCCUUUAGGAAAUUUUUACAAAACAGAAGUGAAGAAACUUGCUCGAAAAAUUGGGUUAAAUAAUUUAGCAAAUAAGAGAGAAAGUACUGGAAUAUGUUUCGUUGGGCAUAGAAAUUUCAAGAAUUUUAUAAGAGAGUAUAUUCCUUCUGAAGUGGGCAGUUUCAUUGAUAUCGAUACUGGAAUAAUAGUAGGAAGACAUGAAGGCAUUCAUCAAUGGACAAUUGGGCAACGCUGUCGAUUGCACUCAUAUCUAAAGCCAUAUUUUGUAGCAAAAAAAGACGUUAUAACGAAUAAUAUUUAUGUUGCCUCCGGUCACGAUCAUCAAUCAUUAUUUAGCAAUGAAAUAGUAGUAACCGAAAUUAACUGGAUAUGCGAAGAUCCUUUGAAGUUAAGUCCAAUUUUGAACUGUCUUUUCCGUUUUCAACACACUAAGCCAUUAGUUAAAUGUAAAGUAGUAGGAAAUUUGGGUGAUACUAAUAUAAAGAUAUAUCUAAAAGAACCAUUACGCGCCAUCACUCCUGGACAGUAUGCAGUUUUCUAUAAUUAUAGCAAAGAAUGUCUUGGUUCAGCACGCAUUAUAAAAUCUUUUAAUACCAAAUAAAAUGAAAAUAUCAGUGAAACAUUAUA